CGAUAAACUUGUAAACUCCUAAACUGCGUAUGGUGCACUGACGUUUUUGGUUAUUUUUGUUCUCACCUCGUGUUUACUUUUGCAUCUAAUUUCGGUUCAAUUGCAAAAAUUCAAUUGUGCAAUAACAUAAAGAUAUAUAUCGCGUGAAAAGGAUUCGACCUCGUUUAUAACCGUAUCGAUCUGUAGAUCUGGACGCAGUAUAUGUAUACAGCCUUAUCACGUGGUGGUGUGGUGGUUUAUGUAAUUCUUGUUUACCGCACAAACGGAAAGUUUGCGCAUGUGCGUUUCUCAGUAACCUCAAAGUGUUGAGUACGGGUUCGGUACGUUCCGGACAUCCGGGUGUAGUCGGUAUUGUGAUGUGUGGAGGCGCGAGCGGCACGCGAGCCGCGUGUGGAUAGCGUCGUUAGAGCCCGGUCAUGGCCCAGGCCCAGUUUACACGGAGCUCUGAGAGCGAUGCUUGGGCGCUCCUGUCGCUCAAGUCGGCGCCCUCAUCGCCAUCAAAAGUGCAGUGGGCCCAGGAAACUGCGCCCGCUGCGAUUGCGCGCCUCGAGGGUCGCGACUUCGAGUAUCUGAUCCGGCAGAAGCGCGUCAUCAUUGGGCGCAACUCAAGCCGUGGUCAGGUCGACGUCAACAUGGGGCACUCAAGCUUUAUCUCUCGUCGUCACCUCGAACUCAUGUACGAUCAGCCCGAGUUCUACCUCACCUGCAACAGUAAAAACGGUGUGCUCGUCGACGGCGUAUUCCAGCGAAAAGGAUCCCCGCCCAUGUUACUGCCCAAGAGAUGUACAUUUCGUUUUCCUUCGACGAACAUCCGGCUGGAGUUCCAGUCGCUGGUGGAGGCGGGCGGCGCCGCGCUGAGCGUGGCCCCCAUGCCGCCGCUGCGCAUCACCAUACCCACCGACAGCGACGGUCGCAGCCCGGCGCCCUCGCCUACAGGCACGAUCAGUGCGGCGAACAGCUGUCCCACGUCCCCGCGCGGCGCGGGCUCCUCGGCGCGCCGCCACGCCGACCUGGGGCUGGUCGCGCACUGCGCCGCGCUGGCCGACCACGCGCGCCCCGACUCCAACGGGACCGCGUCGUCAUCGAUGAGCGAGUCCGUGUACGGCGGCGUGCGUGACGUGCGUGACGUGCGCGACGUGCGUGACGUGCGUGACGUGCGUGACGUGCGCGAGCGGGACGCGCCAGACGACGUGAAGCCGCCCUACAGCUACGCGCAGCUCAUCGUCCAGGCCGUGGCCUCCGCGCACGACAAGCAGCUCACGCUCAGCGGCAUCUACAGCUACAUCACCAAGCACUACCCCUACUACCGCACCGCAGACAAGGGCUGGCAGAACUCCAUCCGACAUAAUCUCUCGCUCAAUAGGUACUUCAUCAAGGUGCCGCGCAGCCAGGAGGAGCCCGGCAAGGGGUCGUUCUGGCGCAUCGAGCCCGCCUCCGAGAUGAAGCUCAUCGAGCUCGCGUUCCGGCCGCGGCGGCCGCGCGGCGUGCAGUUCCGCGCGCCCUUCGGCCUCGCCUCCCGCAGCGCGCCCGCCUCCCCUGCGCCCGCGCCCGCCUCCCCCUCCGCGUCCCCGCCCGCCGCCGCCGCGCACGCCGCGCUGGCGCGCCCCACCAGCGCGCCCGGCUCCCCGGGGGACGGCGGCGUGGGCGCGCUGCUGGUGGCCGGACACCACAUCACCGUCGUCACCAACGGAGCCGGCGGCGAGCGGGAGGAGAAGUACGUGGUGGGCACGACGUCCGGCGGCAACCUGGUGUCCAUCCAGGAAGAGGAACCCGCGCACCUGGUCAUCCACCAGCACUCGCCCUACUACGCGGCGGACGGCGAGCUCGUCAUACACGACGCGCCGCCGCACAAGCGGAGCCGACAGGUGGAGCUAGAGGACAGACGCGCGUAUUGACGCUAGUCCAGCGGAGCCCGCCCGGGACGCGCCUCGCGCCGCCCCACGCCGCCCCACGCCACCCCACGCCGCCGCACGCCGCCCCACGCCGCCCCACGCUGCGGGCAGGCGAGGCCUUCCCGACACGUUCGGUCACAGUUCCCUCUCACGGAUAAACUGAUGAGUGCAAUGUUACACAAAUAUUGUAUUUUGUAUUUAGGCUUAGUUUAAAUAUAUAUUAAAACAAAAUAUGUAUUCAAUAUACUUGCGUCGCCACUGUCGCCCCCCCCGCCGCGCCCCACCCGCCGUGACGUCACACCGACCGUCCACACGGGUGUUUCAUUUAUAUGUUAAAAGUUGAAUUAACUUUCCUUUAUUUAUAACCAACUUUCAGUAUUAAUUUUAUGUACUUUUGUAGAAAAAUAAAUACUUUUGUGUAUUUCGCUCCGACCCAAAUAUGUAAAUAUGCAUUUUUCUAUUAUUAUCAAACUGUAGGAAAUGAUUUGAAUAAAACGAGGUGGGGUGGGGUCAUUCUCGUUCAACCGCGCCCGUGUCGCGUCCGUGCCGCGUCCGUGCCGCGUCCGUGCCGAGUCCGUGCGGCGUCCGUCUCACGUCUGUGUCGCGUCCGUGCGCGUCCGUAUCGCGUCCGUGCGCGUGUGCCAUUCGUGAAUGAAAAACGCUAUAAUUAUUCGUGCUAUUAUCAAUUUAUGUGAAUUUGCUACGAACGUUUGGAGGACGCCGCCCCGGCAGUCCGCACUGCACCGCCGGCCCGGGGCUCCCGCUGCCGGCGCCGGGCCGCGACCGCUCGCUAAUAGUAAAUACCUAUUUAAUCGAUUCUUUUAUAAACUCUUGUCUGAAUGAAGAUUUUUAAUAAGUUUUUAAUAAGUUUCUAUCGCGUGAGAAGUGUUCAGAAUGGAUUUGUUUGUGAAAGUGCGCGAGGAGGCGGCACAAUGUAAUCGAAGACACGUUUUUCUAUUGAUAUAUUUAUCUAAAAUUUACAAAAAAAAAACGAACAAAGUUUCGAGAAUUUAAUGAGAAUGACAUUAAGCAAUAUAAACAUUAAGGAUAAUAUAAUCGAUUAAAGUAUUCGAUUGUUGAUCGAUAGCGGAAUAUUGUGAUAUUAUAAUAUCGAUAACAAUCGGCGGUUUGUGAUGAAACUGCUCUUAUAUUGUAUUGACUUUGUAUAGAGUUGCACAAGUGUACCAGUGAACCCUCGUAUGACGUCACCGACAGCUCCGACCCCGUCGGGACUGUCCGGGACAACAUCCACUAAUGUUAGUUAAUGAUAAGAGGCAUUGUGAAUGCCGCAGUUAGUCGGUGCAGCGACCGCGCGCGCCGUGCUCGUGCCGUCCCGCUCGCACGCGGCGGCAGCAGGCGCGCGUGCGAGCGAGACGGCCGCAGCGCACGGCCGCACCGGCGCGGAGAGCGUGUCGGUGCGACUUGUAUCCAGUUCCGCGUUAAAUUUAUUGACAAAAUUUAAAUAAACGUAUUCUUUCUCCGCAACACGAC